AUGGCACCAAAAAAAAUUUGGAGACCGUUCGCAAACUGCCUUCCUGAAGAAAACCGGCCUCUAGCAGUAGUUAAUCCGUUUAAAGUUGAUGCAACUGACGAUGAUGGGGAUGACAAUAUAAAUCUCACCGAUAUUAUUGGCUAUGAGAAUGAAAAUUAUAACAUCAGCCACUUUAAUAUGAACAAUAAUGUGAAUGCUUACGGAAAUGGCCAGAUCAAUCUCAUCCACCCGAACGACUAUGAAAAUGUCGACAACAAUAUCAUCGGCCUAGAUGUUGAUCAACAUUAUCAUUUUAACAACGCAUAUUAUCACGAUGAGAGUAACUUUAGCUAUGCUAAUGAUCACGAAGAUGGUGACAAUGAAUAUGAUGAUGAUGAUGAUGAAGAUGAUGAAAAUAAUGGUAACAAUGCUUAUCAUGAUAAUGAUGGUGAUUACACUACUGAUGAAAGGAAUGAUGAUGAUGAUGACGAGAACAACUUUAACAAUGCUUAUAAUGAUGAAUAUGAUGAGAAUAAUAAUGAUGUGAUUAACAUUAGUAUUGAUAAUAAUCAUGAAGAUGAUGACAAUGAUGAUGACAUAGACAGUAAUGAUGAGAAUGAUGAUGAUCAAUGUUGUUAUGAUGAUAACACUGAAGAUGACAAGUCUGAUGAGGAUGAUGAUGAAAAUGGGUAUGGUGAGGAUGAUGGUGACAAUCACGAAAAUAUCAACAACAAUGAUGAUCACAGUGAUGAUGCUGAUGAUGGUGAGAAUGAUUACACUAAUGAUGAAAAAGAUGAUGAGGAAGAUGAUGAGGAGAAUGACGACGAUCACAAGGCUGAAGAUGACAUAGCGAGUAAUGAUGAGAAUGAUGAUGAUCAAUGUGAAGAUGAUGAAGAUGAAAAUGACGAUGAUGAUGGUGACGAUCACGACUACAUCAACAACAGUAAUGAUCAAUCAGCAACUGGAACUGGAGUUUCCAAUGGACGUAAAAGAAAACGUAGAGAAGAAUACUUUCCAUUUACAAUCAUGGGAAUAAGGCCACCAAAAAUAUGGAGGGAGUUUUGA